AUGAUCCUCGACGCGAGAGCUGUCAAUCAGGAGUCCAUCGAUCCUGACACGACAGCACUGCCAUCGGUUGGCGUCUGGCGGGGCUUGAAGACCCCAGCCAGCCACAGACUCUCGCUGGGCCAAGUGGACACCGAGGCGGCCUUUCGCACCGGGGUGCCGCCAGGGCUGGACGAGAUGUUCGGGCUGCCUGCGGCGCCCGUGGACGCGUUGCUGGAGGCGCUGCCCGAGGUGGACAUCGGCUCUCGGCUGGAGGGCAAGGUCUCGCCUUUGCUCGCUGUCCUUCCCAUAGGCUGGAGUUGGAGCUUGUACUUCUGCCAGGCGCUGGCGGUACAUCAGGUCGUCGCGGCUGGCAUCCGCGCGAACCGCAUCAUACAGGACAGGCGCGUGGUGCCCGACGUGAGCGAGACUGCGGGCGUCGCCGUGCACGUCGACGGCGCGGCCGCCAUCGGGUGCGACCCUGUGUCCGUGAGCACGACGAUUGAGCAGGUCCACCAGCACCUGGAGGCCAGCCAUCUGAAGUGCAAGGGGGCGCAGUCGGACCCGCGGGAUCAGAAGUUCACGGGCUUGAGCUUCGAUUUCGAGACGGGCCGCAUCUCCGUGAGCAAGGGCCGCAUCUGGAGGCUGCUCUUGGCGUUGCUGGAGGUCGCUGGGCGCGGCUACUGCAGCGGCGACGGCGUGCUCUCGCUCCUCGGCCACAAUGCGUGGGCCGCCAUCUUGCGGUGGCCACCUGAAUGCCGCGUGGCAGCAGCUCUCAUCGCCUUCGCUUACCUGGGCGCCAAGCUGGGGGUGGACCCCGUGGUGCUAGCUACGGACGCCUCGACGGGUUCCGGAGACCUGGAGGGCACGGGGUUCGGAGGCUACGCCGUGACGGAGAAGACCUGGACUCGGCACGACGUCUGGGCCGCGGCCUCUUGCAUGGAGCGUUGGCGGUACAAGUUCGAGGGCGCCAUCGAGACUCGGCGACGUGCUUUCCAGGCUGCGCGUGAACUCGAACGGGAAGGCGAGGCCAGGGAGCUGACGGGCGUGACAGGCCUUGUCGAGGACCCUGAGAUGUCAGACACGGUCCUGCCCCUCCAGAGCGAGGGGUCAACUCGGAUGUCGAGUGCUGCCCAGCCUGCGCGGCGCGUGUCAUCAUCGGUUGAGCACCAGGUGAAUUUCGAGGAGAUCGACCCGAGCUUCAGUGACGGCCGCCAUGCUGGCCAGCUCGGGGCCGACGAGGCGCGGGGCCUUGCUGCCUUGGCCCUCGCCCGCGCUUGCGGCGAGGCAACCACCUGGCGGAACGCGGGCGGCGCGCGCUUCCUCGGCGAGGUUGAGGAGCGCGAGCAGCCUGGGCGGGACCUCACUGCCGAGAGAGCUGCCCAGCCGAAUGGUGACCAGGAGGGCCCGCUGGGAGACGCCAGCGGGGUCGAGCACCGCCUCAGCCUCAGCUCCGACAGCUCCUCCACCAGCGACACGGAGUCGAGCGGGACGGCCCGCCACGGCGACGUGCGGGGGGACGUCAAGUCUGGGCUCACCUUCUUGCAGACCAACAAGGUGAAGCCGCUCACGCGCGCCGCCUUCCGAGAGCGAGCACAGAACUUCCUAGAGUGGGCCAUCGAGGGGGCGCUGGCGGAGAUCUCCACUCGGCGCCUCGACCAGCUGGCGACCAACUACGUGGACGUCCUGUUCUUCGGCGGGAUGGAGGUCGGCGAGGGCUCGAGGCUGCUGGCUGCCCUGCAGUACCUGCGACCCAGCUUGGGGACGGCUCGCCGCGGCAACUUUCCCGUGGCUCGGGCAGCGGUGGCGGGGUUCCGCCGCCGCGCCCGAGGAGGGGCUCGAGACUCUCUGUGCCGGCCUUGGGCGCUGGCGGCGGUCGGGGUCAGCCUGCUGCUGGAGGACCUGGAGUUCGCGACGGCGCUGCGGCUGGCCUGGGACGGCAUGCUGCGUUUGCCGUCCGACCUGGUGGGCGUGAUGCCCAAGACCUUGAUCGGGCCUGGCAGGGCGGCGAAGCCCGCGUGGGCCCUUCUCCUCUACCCCAGCGAGGAGGAGGCGAGGGGCAAGGUCAUGGGCGCCGACGAGGGCGCAAUCUUGCGCGAGGCCAGCUGGAGAGGCGGCGGCAGUGUAGCCCUGCGGCGCCUCCGAGGAGCUCGGGGCCCCAGCUGCCAGCUCUGGUCGUUCGACGGGGCCUGGUUCACAAAGCGGUUCGAGGAGCGGCUGGCCGCGCUGCCCGAGGCGCCUGCGGCGGUCGCCUACCAGGUGCGCCACGGGGUUGCGAUUCGCGCGGCGGCCGGGGGCCUGCCCCCCCUCAGCGGGAUCACCGAGCAGCUGCGGCACGGCAACCCGCACAGCAUCUUGCGCUACGCCAAGCACGAUCGCUACCUUGCCCUGCUGAACAGGGCGCCGCAGGCCGCGGUCGACUGGAGCGAGGCGAUCCACGCGCGGCUGGGCGGCCUGCUCGGCGGGGCCGACGUCUUGCAGGCCCCCGCCUUUCUGCCGCAGAGUGUGCUCGAGGCCUUGCGCGCCAGCUGCGCCAAGGCCUCGCAUUCGGGCGUGAACAAAAGAGUCAAGUUUCCCUCGAAGUUGGAUUCUCGAAGGGUGAGGUGA